UUGACGUUUUUGGUUAUUUUUGUUCUCGCCUCGUGUUUACUUUAGUAUCUAAUUUCGAUUCUAUUGCGAAAAUUUUGUUGUGCAAUAACGACAUUGUCAAUAUUUCGGUCCAAGACCAUCUCGCGUUAUAGUGCAAUAUCGAUCCAUGCUUCCGGACUAGAUAUAUGUAUACAAUUUUAUCACGUGGUGGUGUGAUUUAUAUAAUUCUUGUUUACCGCACAACUGGAAACUUUGCGCAUGUGCGUUCCUUCAGUAACCUCAAACUGUAGAGAGAACACCGAUUCGGCAGGUUCCGGAUAUCCGGGUGACGGUGCGGCAUCGUUUCUGUGAAAUUGUGAUGUGCUAUCGCGGCGAGGGUGCGCGCCCCGCGUGUGUUCGUUGGUGAUAUCGGUACACGCCUGACAUGGCUCAGACUCAGAUCUCACGGAGUUCGGAGAGCGACGCCUGGGCGCUUCUCUCGCUAAAGGCGCCGCCUUCGCCCUCAAAGGUCCAGUGGGCUCAGGAGCCGGCUCCCAUAGCAAUCGCCCGUCUAGAUGGCCGCGACUUUGAGUAUCUCAUCCGACAGAAGAAAGUGGUUAUCGGUAGAAAUUCUAGUCGAGGACAGGUCGAUGUGAAUAUGGGUCACUCCAGUUUCAUAUCCCGGCGUCAUUUGGAACUAUUCUAUGAUCAUCCGGAGUUCUACCUGACGUGUAACAGUAAGAACGGCGUGUUGGUGGACGGGGUGUUCCAGCGGAAGGGAGCCGCUGCGAUGUUGCUACCAAAAAGAUGCACGCUCCGCUUCCCGUCAACAAAUAUACGCCUGGAAUUCCAAUCGCUGGUGGAGGAAAGUGGUGCCGGGGGCAGCACUGCCCCGCCACUCCCUCCCCUUCGCAUCACCAUACCCAUGGACAGUGAUGGACGGAGCCCUGCACCUUCUCCUACGGGCACGAUAAGUGCGACAAACAGUUGUCCGACAUCUCCGCGAGGCGCCGGUUCCUCGGGUCGGCGUCACGCCGACCUCGGCCUGGUUGCGCAGUACGCCGUGCUCGCUGAACAUCAGAGACCCACCUCUAAUGGAAAUUCGGCGUCAUCGACGUCCGAAUACAGCGGACGCGAAAGUCGCGACGUACGCGAACGCGAGAGGGGGGAGCGCGGAGGGGAGGACGCAGCGAAACCCCCGUACAGCUACGCGCAGCUCAUCGUCCAAGCCGUGGCCUCGGCUGCGGACAAGCAGUUGACGCUCAGCGGGAUCUAUAGCUAUAUCACCAAGCAUUAUCCGUAUUAUCGCACGGCUGAUAAGGGAUGGCAGAACUCUAUUCGGCACAAUCUUUCGCUCAACAGAUACUUCAUAAAAGUGCCGCGAAGCCAAGAAGAGCCGGGCAAAGGCAGCUUCUGGCGCAUCGACCCGCAGAGCGAGGGCAAACUCAUAGAGCUGGCCUUCCGCCCGCGUCGUCCGCGAGGUGUUCAGUUCCGAGCGCCAUUUGGUCUCUCCUCACGGAGUGCUCCAACGUCUCCGUCUCAGGUGGGCGUGUCGGGCCUGGUGACGCCCGAGGAGCUCUCCCGCGAACCCACGCCUGACCUCUUCACCGGGGAUGAGAAUGAUCAUCAGGGCCAGCAGCGGCUGAGCAGCAACAACAACAACAGCCACUCCACUCAGUACUUGUUCCCGCAACGCUCCGGCGUCAGUCAGAGCGCGCCGGGAUCACCUGGCGCGGGAGGAUCGUCGUUCAGCGGCGGCAGUGGGCUGGUGAUGGCGGGGCAUCACAUCACCGUCGUCACCAACGGCGCCGGAGGGGAACGGGAAGAAAAGUACGUGGUCGGUACGACCGGAGGCAAUCUGGUGUCCAUCCCCGAAGAAGAGGUGCAAGCUACGCUGCUGCAUCAGCAUUCACCAUACUACGGGGGCUACGGCGGCGAAGAAGGGUGCGGGGCGUUAGGCGGAGAGCUCGUCAUCGAGGAGACCACGGAGGAGCCACCGCACAAACGGAACAAGCACCGACAUGUGUCGGACAUGGACGACCGGCGCGCGUAUUGACGUCCCGCGAGCACGGCCACGUGACACGAGCGCGCGCCGGGCUCCCCGCCAACGAGCAUCGCCCGCGGUGACGUCACGGCUCGCUCGACCGAUCGACGCUCGUCCCGCCCGCUCCCGCGCCGCCUCACGCGGCCCAAAACCAACCUGUCCUCGGACAAAAAAUGAGUACGGUCGAGUGAGAUUUAUGUUUUCCAUCCGUUUUAAAAUUUGACCGUCACGGGGUGUCAAGGAGUGUCACGGCGGCGCCCGAGCGAGCGGGACGUGGCACGCGAGUGGAGUUAGCAAUAAUAGACUACAGUUGGAAGUUUAACAUGUUAAGAAUACAGUGUCGUCUCGUGUGCGGUUUUCGCAUCGUAAUGCAUUAUUUUUAUUUGAAACCUGUACAUUAUAUGUAUACGUGACGCGUACGGUCGGAGAGACCGCCGUACCACAGACUUAACAUAAGUGCAAUGCAGAUUUUUAUAAGUUUUAGUAUAGAGAACGAUGGAAACGCUUUCGUAAUGACUGGGCAGUAUUUCGACUCGAAUCGCGAUCGAUCGGAAUAUGUGGAAUCUCUAUAAAAAGAAAUGUGUGGUUCAUAUUCGUCGAACAUUGUUGGUUAAAUGUGAAUCGACUGCUUGUUAAUCCGGUUGGAAGAAAUAUACGAAUUUCAAUGGAAGUACAAGUUUUUGAACAUAUUUCUGGUUCGUAUAUUAGUGAAAUAUAUUUAGAUGUUCCUUUAUAUAUCUGCGUCUACCGUUGACUAUUUAAAUAAAUAUAUUAAAAUUAAAGCGAGCGAAGUCCGUAUUUGUAUUUCACGAAAUUAAUUAGAGUAAAUUUAAUUUCGAGGCGUUAUUUAAUCUUAUUUAUUAGAGCGGCCUUAGAUUUCGUUUCGACAGGAAUUUUUGACUACGAGACAGAGACAACAAUACUCAUUCUAUCCUUGUCUGACGGCACCGAGUUUAACGUUUCGGUUACUCGGACCCUGUUAACGGACGGUUUUACUUACGUUUAAUAUUAUGUAACGGUUUCGGUGUAACAUUGGCGGGAGGAAAUAAAAAUGUAAGAAAAAGUGUCUUUUCGUUUCCUACCCUCAUUAUACAAUUGUAUAAAAUUAUAUACGGUUAAUCUUAGCACUAUAUUAGUCGUUAGCGUAUUCGUUAGUGUAUAAUAUAAAACACGGAAAGCACGUAGUUUAGCAUUUAAAUAUAUUGUAUAAUCUAGUGAGAGGCUUUAUAAUGAAAGAUUUGUCGCUCCCAAUAUAUCGAAUAUGGCGAAGAGUCGCAUGGAAACCGGCAAAGCCGUUUCUGAUGUGCCGCGUGUGACGGCUGGACCGGAGUGUGCGUGGGCCCGUGUAUUUUGAUUGUGUGCGUGUACUAUGACAUAGGUUCAGUGAUUUAGACUAGGUGUGGUUCAUGGCUGCUAUUGUGCCCAUAGCUGCAUUCGGCGACCGUUCCAGUCGAGGUACCGUCAGCAUACGUGUCGGUGUUACGAAUUUCUAAUUUAACCAACCCCACACAACUGUUAAAUCUAAAUUAGAGGUAAUCAAAGCGCAAUAACUCGAUAGCCGGUAAUCCGUCGAUUUUGCUGACGGUACUUUGCGGAAAGCGAAAGUGUUAUCUUUGUGCGGAUCGCCGCUCGUCGAACGCAAUUGUGGGAACGAUAUCCCCACUGAACGGUGUGAAUGAACGAAUGGAAAUAUUCAUUCGAACGGAGCGAAUGAUAAUGUAUUAUAGUUAUGUUUGGGUCCGGACAACCGCAGCUUGCAUACUGUUCGACUGAAAGACGGGAUGAACGAGAUAUAGUUUUUAGUUUUGCGAAUGAAAUCCACUUUGUGGCGGUUGUGCAACGUUACUUUCCGAGUUGUCGACGACUUCUGCUUAAAUUGCUUUAACGCUGUAUUAUUUUUGCGCGGGCUUUCUGUCACGGAACGGUAUGCAGCAUUGACAUAUUCUUAGAUCGGCAUUUAAAAUGCUACAUAACCAAAAUCGCGUCGAUAAAGUUAGUAGCUGAAAAGUCGACGAUUAAUCAAAACGCCGGCCGAGUGUCGACUGAGCUUUUUAGUCUCGCCUUGAAUAAGCGUCGACUUUUAUAAAGUGUCGCGGUUCGAACCGCUACCGAUUUAUUGACAAAUUUAAGAAAUAAACGUAUUUUAUCUCCUUA